AACGUCUCUCUGACACUUACGAUAAUCAUUUUAUUUGUAACAUAACUUUUUAAAGUAUAUUUAUGGUGAAGCGGUGUGAGAGCACGGAGGAGGGGCGCGGCGGCGUGCAGGCGGAUGUAAUCGUACUGGGCCGAAGUCUGCCCGGCAUCGUCAUCGCGUACAAGCUCAAGAUGAGGUUCGGUGACAGCCUUGACAUCGUCGUGAUCGACCUGCCCCGCCCGCCCAAGGGCGUCUCCAAGAUUGACAUGGUCACCUUCUUCGAUGACGACGAUAAUGCUGACGAUAGCGACGACAAUGCGACGCAACAAAACCUCGACAGCUACUCCCGCCGCUUCCUCCUCAUGUACGCUAAGGAAUUUAAAAUCUCUAUACCUGACGAAGUACUCAACCCACUCGAUAUGCCGCACACACACAACAAAGUAUUCGAGCACACCAACGGCCUCACAGUGCCCUGCAACAACAACUUCCACGACUUUGAGUACCUCACAGUAUUCGAGAAGUUUGAACUGAACCAGUAUCAGCGUAUGAUAGACGAGCAUAUGAUUAGUUUGUUUUGCGUUUCGAAAACACCAUCCGCUUCAGAAAGGAAGCAACUCCUAUACUUCGACCGGACUACCAUGGAGAGACACAUCUGCGGCGCGCUAAUGUUCCCGAACUCCCGGGAAAUCAUGAGAAGCAUAGUGCGACUGGUUUGUGGCGUCCCCCCGCGCUCGGUUUCCGUCCUGUUUUACCUUCAUCAGUGCUACAGGAACGACGGCUGCCGAGACUACAUCGACGGCAAUAAUAUGAAGCUGCGAGAGAAACUUCUAGGAUACUAUAGGAAACUGUUAUCCCACAAGCUCCAGAAGAGCGUAGCCGAUAUCACUUUGCGCGCAAACUCCAUCAAGAACAUCCGAACAUACUCACACGAGCAAGUAAUUUUGGAAACUCGGGACGCAGAUAUUUACGUGUGCAGGUUGUUGGCGAUGGCGCUGCGGCCCGAUGAGCUCGACGACAUCGACGUGGAGCCGCUUCUGAUGUCGCCGCACCACGCCGAUAUUGUGCACUUCAUGUUACCUGGCGGAGUUAAGAAGUUUAAGAUUCGAUACGAGACAGACUUUUGGAGGAGAGACGGUUUUAGCGGCGAAAUCCUUAGCAUCCGUGGACCUAUCGUGUGGGCGAUAGAGCGGCCAAUGAUAUCCGCCACGGGAAGUAAGAAGCGGCUGGCAUGUCUGGUAGGUUUUCUAAAGGCCGUGAAAUACGAAUUAAAUAAACACGAUUCUAAAGCUGAGGUCGUCGAGCAACUGGUGAAGUUGUUCGGAAGCGACGCGGCGCACCCUGUGAACUACAAGGAGAGCGACAUCGAGGAUCUGUUCGUACCAAGAUGUGGGGAUUACGUAGCGUUAAAGAAGUGGACAGAGGAGGAGAACGUUAGAUUCGUGGAAUGGGGUACUCUAGACAUGUACAGAGACGGGGACAUAUCGGGGGCGCUGGAGGCGGGGCACAGCGCGUACCUGCGUGUGUCCAGUCAGCUGCGGCCACAGGGUGCCACCUACGAGGACGUCAGCGCGAUAGACAUUCGCACCAAUGUGUACGGUAACUUCUUUACCAGACUCUCGUCUCAGGUCAACUAUAUAAGUGGCUUGUCCCUCGUGAUGUAUACUGCCGCCCUGUACGUGGGCAUACGUCUCAUAAAGUCUUUUAUGAAUAAAACGUAACAAACAGAAAAUGUGUCUAACA